AUGAUCUACAUUGUAAAGACUGUCCGUACCGGCACGUUUCCCUCCUCCUCCCUUCAGAGUUCAGCUGACCCCGACCUGACGCGGGUGCGGACCGGUUUAAGUGUGGACGAACUGGCACCCAUAUUCGAUGUCUCUCUGUCAAAAACCCAGUUUCCUCUGGCUAGUGAAACCGCAGCCGGUUCAUCGACGAACGACGAAACAAGUCUGCGUGAAACCGUUCCUGAGAGUACUUCAGCCCCGCCGCCUCCACCCGUACGACUGGGCGGUAAUCCUUGGAAUGUCUCCGAUGCGACGUCGAAGAGUGCCAUCGAUGGAGGACAAAAGAAGGCCGAUCUUUGA